AUGAGCGACCAGGGAAAGGGUUCGGCAUCCACUCCUACAGGGGCCCUAGCGCCGGGGUCGGAUACGUACAAAGGCUGGCUUUUUAAAUGGACUAACUAUUUGAAAGGGUAUCAACGCCGAUGGUUCGUCCUCAGCAAUGGCCUUCUGUCGUAUUACAGGACUCAGGCAGAGAUGGCCCAUACAUGUCGUGGCACUAUCAACCUGGCCACAGCCCAUAUCGACACGGAGGAUGCCUGUAACAUUGUCCUGAGCAGCGGCGGUCGCACCUACCACCUGAAGGCCAGCACUGAGGUGGAGCGCCAGAGAUGGGUCACAGCGCUGGAGCUGGCCAAGGCUAAAGCCAUCCGCAUGAUGAACGACCAGUCUGAUGACUCAGGGGACGAGGAGCCCACGACCCAGUCGGACCGCAGUGAGGGGAUUCAGGGCACUCUGAAGACCCUGAUCAGCAAGCUUGAUGACCUCGGCACGUGUAACGACCUAAUCGCCAAGCACGGGGCGGCCCUGCAGCGCUCUCUGAGUGAACUCGAGGCGCUGAGAGUCCCCGUGGAGGGAGGAGAGAAGGUCAAGGGCGUCAACGAGCGAGCCACCCUCUUCCGCAUCACCUCGAAUGCUAUGAUCAAUGCGUGUCGGGACUUCCUGGACCUAGCGGAGACCCACAGCAGGAGAUGGCAGCGGGCGCUGCAGUAUGAGAGAGAGCAGCGUAUUCACCUGGAGGAGACCAUAGAGCAGCUAGCCAAGCAGCACAACAGUCUGGAGAGAGCCUGGAGAGAGGCCCCCACACUGUCCGCCAACACGCCCAGCGCCCCCACCACAGAGAAGGGGAGUGAGAGGCUGCAGAAAGGGGAGGCGAGUGAUGAAGAUGAGGAUACAGAAUACUUUGACGCCAUGGAGGACUCCCCUGCCUUUAUCACAGUGACCGCCACUGAGAACACACAGCACAGGCAUUCUCAGAGUAACCUGAGUGGAGCGAGUGGAGGCCAGACCAAUGACUGGAACCAGGAAAAUGUGAGUGUGUAUCCUAGCUGUAAUGAUUCAGGGAAAGAGCUGCAGCCCCUCAGAAGGAGGAGGAGCCACAUCCCAGACAAACCCAAUUACUCCCUCAACCUGUGGAGCAUCAUGAAGAACUGCAUCGGCAAGGAGCUCUCCAAGAUCCCCAUGCCUGUGAACUUCAACGAGCCCCUGUCCAUGCUGCAGCGGCUGACAGAGGACCUGGAGUACCAUGAGCUGCUGGACAAGGCGGCGCGCUGCGAGAGCUCCCUGGAGCAGCUGUGUCUGGUGGCAGCCUUCUCUGUGUCCUCCUACUCCACCACUGUCCACCGCACGGCCAAGCCCUUCAACCCCCUGCUGGGGGAGACCUACGAGCUGGACCGCCUGGAGGACUUCGGCUACCGCUCGCUGUGUGAGCAGGUGAGCCAUCACCCCCCAGCAGCAUCUCACCAUGUGAUUUCUCAGCGAGGCUGGACCCUCUGGCAGGAAAUCACCAUAGCCAGCAAGUUUCGUGGCAAAUACCUCUCCAUAAUGCCUCUGGGUGCCAUUCACCUGCAGUUCCACUCCAGUGGGAACCAUUAUGUUUGGAGGAAGGUAACCUCCACCGUGCACAACAUCAUCGUGGGCAAGCUGUGGAUUGACCAGUCAGGGGACAUUGAGAUAGUCAACCACAGGACCAAGGAGACGUGCCACCUCAAGUUCUCCCCCUACAGCUAUUUCUCCAGGGAUGUCCCACGCAAGGUGACAGGGGUGGUGUCAGACAGUGGAGGGCAGGCCCACUACAUCCUGUCUGGCACAUGGGACGAUAAGAUCGAGAGCUCCAAGAUCGUCCAGAGCAGCAAAGGGGGCAGCGGCUCCGAGGGCAAGCAGAAGACAGUCUACCAGACCCUGUCCCCCAAACUACUGUGGAAGAAAUACCCUCUCCCGGAUAACGCUGAGAACAUGUACUUCUUCUCGGCGCUGGCGCUAACGUUGAAUGAGCCGGAGGAUGGGGUGGGGCUGACGGACAGCCGGCUGAGACCGGACCAGAGGCUGAUGGAGGCGGGGAGAUGGGACGAGGCCAACUCUGAGAAACAGAGACUAGAAGAGAAACAGAGAGCUGUGAGGAGAAGGAGAGAGGCAGAGGCCACAGAUGCACUUGAUGACGGCCGGGAGUACGAGGGCUUCCAGCCACAGUGGUUCCACAAGAGGACGAACGCCAUCACUGGAGAGACAAACUUUGUGUACAAGGGUGGAUACUGGGAGGCUAAGGACAGUCAGGACUGGAGUAUGUGCACUGAAAUCUUCUAAGCCUCGACCACACCCAUCCUACCCCCUCACUGGACUCACCCAGGCCCAUGAGACUGCUCUACCA